CCUGCGGCAAACCGUGCGCCCUCGUUCCAAACGUCCACUGGCCGAGAGCCGGGCUGGCCAGGAGAGCGGAGCCCAGGGCUCCAGCUUGGAAGCUACAAACACACAAGCAGGGCCACCCGCUGAGACCCCUGCUGGCCCCAUAAGCCUUCUGGGAGCGAGGAGGCGUUUGGUCUCCCUUCUUCCCUGGUUCUGCGCCUCCCAACAGGGCACACGAUGCCGCCCUCGUUGGUGGCCAACAGGGUCUCCCUCCGGGAGCUAGCCGACCUGGCAAUUGGCACUCCAGAGGUGGGCGCGGUGAACUUUACGGCCUUGCACACACUGAUAGUGUCCAUUCUCAAGAGCCUCAACCUCCAAGAGGUACUUAUAGACUUCCACUACCCAUCGGGUGAGACUGGCCGCGGAGCUGAGUUGCUGCUGCGCGAAACCCUCAGCGCCCCGCAUGUAUCAACCAGCAAAGAGAGGCGCCGGAGUCUGCCUAAGCUAUCACAAACUCCGCAAGAGCUGGAAAACCAGGUGAAGGACUUGAGUGUCCAGGUACUGGACCUCACCCAACAGCUUAAAACUAUGGACAACAAAGUGCAGGGCAUGGCCACGCAAGUAGAGCACCUCUCAGUCACUGAAGAGGAGCUCUCCAGGUCUCAAGAGGAGGUGGCUGAAGUGGCCCAACAGAUAUCUCUGACAAAGUUCUCCAAGAUCUACGAAUCUGAGGAGAUGCUGGAGAAACCUGAGCCCACAGUCCAGACGACCAUCCCGGCGGUACUGAAGCCAUCAAAGACUUCCGGCCUGACCAAGUCUACAAGUAAGCUCCAAGGCCUCAUAGAAGAUGUGAAAAUUCUGAAGCAGGCUCCAGGAGAGCUGCAGGAACUCGUUGAACGUGUUAAUGACCUGGAGAAGCUAGUUAAAAGCCGAGAAGAAUACCUGGAACAAUUAAGUCGGAGGCUGAAUCUUGCUCCGGGUGGUGAAGACAUUACCAUGGUCACCUGGGAAGAGCUAGAGCAAGUGAUCAGUGUCGGCUGGAGGGCCUCCAAAGGGAGCUCGGAUUCAUCCACAGCAACAUUUGGCAAGCACAAAUUUACCUCAAGUGACUUCCUUCCAAGCGGAAUGCUUCACAGGGCUGCUGAGCAGACUCUGGAUUCCACUAGUGGUAUAGGACAAGUCCCUGAAAGGGUCUCCAGCAGAGAUCAGAGCAGAUCUACGACUGCAUUUCGGGAUAUGGCCCUUGAGCCAUCCCAGGUCAUAUCCGAGACAGAUCGCCAGACACAAGCAAGAAGAGAUGAACAACUCCCUGGCCAGAUUCAACAUGUUGGGAUGCCCAGAUUGGAACUACUCGGCAUGGAUCAGCCUGGAUUGAUAAGCCCUCUGUCCUUUACUACGAGUCAGCUUGUUAUAGCGUCCCCAGAAAUGUAUAUCCAGGAACAGGUACCAUCAGGACCUGACAGGGAACUGGGAAAACUGAGUUCAACUCAGCUUGGUACAGUUCUACCUAGCACCUAUCAGCAAGGCAUGACGCUUCCUGGAACAGACCGAGAGGGCAUGGAACAGGCUGCUACAUCUGACAGUGGUCAGGGACCAUGGACCACAGCUCAGCAAGGGUUGAUACCAGUUGGCAUAGAUCAGCAUGGAUUGCCGAUAGUAGGCAUAGGUCAGCAAGGACUGACCCCCGAUCGUGUGGGUCAGCUGGGACUGGUAACGCCUGUCACAGAUCAGCGUGCGCUCCCUGCAUCUCUUGCAGAUCAACGUGGCUUGGUGUCACUUGGUUUGAUGCAAGUUAGUACAGAUCAAGAUUUUGGACAGUCCAGCUUAACGUCACGCUUUAUACAACCUGGUAUGGAACAGCCUGGGGUCGAGCAUCAUGAUGUGGUGCGGCCUGGUUUAGAUCGGCGCAUUUCGGUGCCUGUGGGGACAGAACGGCAGGCUUCGUUGCAGGCUAUUGCAGAGAAACGUAGUUCAGUGCCCACUGAAGCAGAACUGCAGAGCCUGGCCCAGUCUGAGGCAGCUCAGCAAGGUUCAGUAGAGCCUGAGGCAGGCAGGCAGGGUUUAGUAGGGCCAGGGGUUGAUCAGAGGACUGCCCCACAACCAGGGGCAGAUCAGCGUGGUUUGGGGCAACCUAGCACAGAUUGGGGUGGUUUGGUUCAGCCUGGCACAGACCAACAUUUGGUGCCUCCCGGUGUAGGUCAGCCUACCUUGAUUCAACCCGGUGCAUUUCCACCUAGUAUGGCGCAACUUGGUGCAGGUCAGCAAGUUCUAAUACUACCAGACACAGGGCAGCUUGUUGGGGUUCAACCAAGCACAGAUCAGCGUGGCUGGGUACAGCCUGGUGCAUACGUGCCCGGUUGGGGACAGCUUAGUGUAGAUCAACGUGGUUUAGUACAAGUUGGAAUGGAUCAGCAGGAGCUGAGACAACCUGGUGCAGUUCAGCUCGGGCUGGUACAGCCAGGUGCAUAUACACCUGGGUUGAUGGGAGUUGGUGCAAGUCAGGAUGGUUUAGUUCAACCUGGAUUGGGACUGCGUGGCCUGGUACAGCCUGGUACAGCCUGGAGUUCGGUUCGGCCUGGUGUGGAUCAGCUUGAUACGGCACAACCACGUGGAGUUCAGCCGGGCGCGGUCCAGCCGGGCGCGGUCCAGCCGGGCGCGGUCCAGCCCGGCGCGGUCCAGCCGGGCGCGGUCCAGCCCGGCUCGGUCCAGCCCGGCGCGGUCCAGCCCGGCGCGGUCCAGCCCGGCGCGGUCCAGCCCGGCGCGGUCCAGCCGGGCGCGGUUCAGCCCGGCGUGGUCCAGCUAGGUAGAGUUCAGUCUAGUGUGUUGCAACCAGGUAUAGGUCAGCUUGGCGUGCUCCAGCCAGGCACGGUUCAGCCUGGCAUGGUCCAGCUAGGUAGAGUUCAGUCUGGUGUGUCGCCACCAGGUAUAGGUCAGCCUGGCGUGGUCCAGCCAGGCGCGGCUCAGCCUGGCAUGGUCCAGCUAGGUAGAGUUCAGUCUGGUGUGUCGCAACCAGGUAUAGGUCAGCCUGGCGUGGUCCAGCCAGGCACGGUUCAGCCUGGCAUGGUCCAGCUAGGUAGAGUUCAGCCUGGUGUGUUACAACCAGGUAUAGGUCAGCCUGGCGUGGUCCAGCCAGGUGCGGUUCAGCCUGGCAUGGUCCAGCUAGGUAGAGUUCAGCCUGGUGUGUUGCAAGCAGGUAUAGGUCAGCCUGGCGUGGUCCAGCCAGGUGCAGUUCAGCCUGGCAUGGUCCAGCUAGGUAGAGUUCCGUCUGGUGUGUUGCAACCCGGUAUAGGUCAGCCAAGCGCGGUCCAGCCAAGUAGAGUUCAGUCUGGUGUGUUGCAACCAGGUAUAGGUCAGCGUGGCCUGGUCCAGCCUGGUGCACUUCCUAGUGGUUGGGGGCAGCCUGAUGCAUAUUCACCAGGCUUGGUCCAACCUAGUCAGUUUGGUUUGGUUCAGCUAAGAGCUGAUCAAUAUGGUUUUGUGCAGCCUGGUGUAGCACAUGGUUUACUCCAAAGUAGUGACAGUCAGCGCGGUUUGCUGCAACCUGGAGUGGGUCAAGUUGAGUGGACACAACCUGGAAUAAGUCGUCAUGAUUUACUACAACCUGGUGUGGAUGGAAGUGGCUUAGCCCAAGGUGGAAUGGCUCAGCAGGGUUUGGCACAACCUGACAAGGCACGGCAGGGUGUGGCACAACCUGACAUGGCUCGGCAGGGUGUGGCACAACCUGCAGCACUUAGUGUGGACAAGUUUGGCUUGGCACAGCCUAUCGUGGACCAGAGUGGUUUAGUGCAGCCUGGCAUGGACCAACGUGGCUUGGUACAACCUAGGAUGUACCAGUAUGGUUUUGUGGAGCCUUCUGAACGUAGCUUCAUGCAACCCAGAGCACAGCCGGACGUGGAUCAGCGUGGCCUGAUGCAGCCUGGACUAGCUCAGUCUAGGCUGGUACAGCCUGUCAUAGAUCAGCGUGGCCUGGUGCAGCCUAUCAUGGAUCAGCGUGGCCUGGUGCAUUCUGGACUAGCUCAGCCUCGGCUGAUGCAGCCUGGUGCAGUUCAGCAUGGCCUGGUGCAGUCUCUCAUGACUCAGUAUGGCCUGAUGCAGCCAGGUGCAGCUCAGCCUGGUUUGGUGCAGCCUGGCAUGGAUCAACAGGACUCUCUGCAGCUAGAAGAAAAGCGUGAAUUACUGCAGCCCGGCAUGGAUCGGCUUCGCUUACCAAAGGCUGAGAAAGAAAAACGUGGCUUACUUCAGCCUGGGGCAGAUCAGCCUGAUUUGGUGCAGCCUGGGGCAGAUCGGCCUGGUUUGGUGCAGCCUGGGGCAGAUCGGCCUGGUUUGGUGCAGCCUGGGGCAGAUCGGCCUGGUUUGGUGCAGCCUGGGGCAGAUCGGCCUGGUUUGGUGCAGCCUGGGGCAGAUCAGCCUGGUUUGGUGCAGCAUUUGACUAGGUUUGACAUAAUGCAGCCUGGGAUGGUUGAGCCUGGUGCAGGCCCUCAGGGUUUGGGUCAGCCUGGCUUGGCCCCACCUGGUGCUUAUCCACCUGCUUUUAUUCAACCUGGUAUAUUUCCUCAUGGGAUACCUCAACCUGCUACACUUCCACGUGGUUUCCAACAACCCACUCCAAUUCAGCCAGUCUUUGUAACACCAAGCAUAGAUCUUCAGUUUUCGACAUGGGAGGGUGAAGCUCAGCAACCACAAUUGCCCCAGUUGUAUCAGCUUCCUGCACCAUACCAAGCCAGGCAAGACAUACUUCCUGAAGCAGCCCAUCAAACAGUUGAAGUUCAGUAUGAAGCAGAGCAGGCUGGUCUGGCUUACCCUGAACCAGUACAAAGAGUUGAGGUAGAUACCCAGGUCUCUUGGGACCUAAGUAAACUUAGCUCAAUCAGCCAAUUUGAAUCAGCUGCCGGAGCUGCCCCGGAGCGAGUCUCCGUUGACUCCCGGACUCAAUCCUGGAACUACCUCCGGCAAUCCUCAUCAGUAAGUGAUACCUGGCGAGAGCGAGAGAGAGAACGAGAGCGGGAGAGAGAACGAGAGCGAGAGAGAGAACGAGAGAGAGAACGAGAGCGGGAGAGAGAACGAGAGCGAGAGCGGCAGGAGUCACUGGAGAAACUGGCUCCAAGCUUCCCCAUGGCAGUGGAAACAUUUCGCCUGGUAGGAGAGCUCAUUGCCCUUUAUUUAGAACUGAAGGAACACUUGAAAGACUUGGACGAGGAACAGGCAGGCCAGACUGACUUCGAGAAAAUCCAGUACCUGAUCUCAAUGAUAGUCAAAAAGGCCAUACCCCAGGACCUGCCAGAUCAGUUGAAGAGCCUAAAGAUGUUGAACAGAGAAGUUCGGCAAGACAAGGCAAAACUGGACAAGAUACAAAGGUUGCUGGACGCUACUGCUGACACCUCUGGAGGGAAGGAAGUGAAGCCUAACCACCUGAGCUUGCAGCUGGGCAUCCUCAGAGUCACCGUGUCUGACAUUGAGAAGGAGUUGAUUGAGUUGAGAGAGAGCCAGGAUCGAGGGAAGGCUGCCAUGGAGAAUUCUGUCUCUGAGGCUUCUCUUUACCUGCAGGAUCAGUUGGACAAGCUCAGAACCAUCAUUGAGAGCAUGCUGAGCUCCUCCUCCACACUGCUGUCCAUGAGCAUAACCCCACACAAGUCCACGACCGGCCUGGUGCCUGGCCAGAUUGACCCUGAGGCCACCUGUCCCGCCUGUAGUCUGGAUGUGAGCCACCAAGUCAGCCUGCUGGUACAGCGCUAUGAGCAGCUACAGGAUAUGGUCAGUGGCCUAGCUGCCUCCAGGCCAUCCAAGAAGGCCAAGCUGCAGAGCCAGGAUGAGGAGCUGCUGGGCCACGUGCAGAGUGCCAUCCUGCAAGUCCAGGGCGACUGUGAGAAGCUCAACAUUACUACGAGCAACCUCAUUGAGGACCAUCGGCAGAAGCAGAAAGACAUUGAAGUGCUGUAUCAGGGGAUAGAGAGGCUGGAGAAGGAGAAGGCCGACAGAGAACACCUAGAGAUGGAGAUUGAUGUGAAAGCGGACAAGAGCGCUCUGGCAUCCAAAGUGAGCCGGAUCCAGUUUGAUGCUACUACAGAGCAGCUGAACCACAUGAUGCAGGAACUGGUAGCCAAGAUGAGUGGACAGGAGCAAGACUGGCAGAAACUUCUGGAUAAGCUCCUGGCAGAGAUGGACAGCAAGCUGGACCGCCUGGAGCUGGACCCAUUGAAGCAGAUGCUGGAGGAUCGCUGGAAAUCCCUGCGGCAGCAGCUCAAAGAGCGCUCUCCACUCUACCAGGCCGACGAGGCAGCUGCCAUGCGAAGGCAGCUCUUGGCUCAUUUCCACUGCUUGUCCUGUGACCGUCCCUUGGAGACAACUGUGACUGGACAAGUCAUCACUAUGACCCCCAUGAUUCCGAGCAUGCCAGGGCACCGUUCCAUCCGGCCUUACACUGUGUUUGAACUAGAGCAGAUCCGACAGCAGGGCAGAAACCUGAAGCUGGGCAGCAGCUUCCCUCGGGGUGAUAUGUCACAGAUGGAGAGGAGUGUGGGGCGCCUGCACAGCAUGCACUCCAAGAUGCUGAUGGACAUUGAGAAGGUGCAGAUCCACUUUGGAGGUUCUGUGAAGGCUAGCAGCCAGAUGAUUCGAGAGCUGCUGCAUACCCAGUGCCUCAGCCACCCGUGCUACAAACGGGGCGCAGAUACAGCAGAUUAUACCUACUCGACUGUACCCCGUCGCUGUGGGGGCAGCCACACCCUCACCUACCCCUACCGGCGGAACCGCCCGCAGCACCUGUCGCCGCUGGAGGAGAUACAAAUCGCCAUGAAGCACGACGAGGUGGAUAUCUUGGGCCUCGAUGGACACAUCUACAAGGGGCGGAUGGAUACACGGUUGCCAGGCAUCCUAGGGAAAGAUGCCCCAGGAGUGGCAAAACACAACAAAGCCAAGCUGCAGCAGCUGCAGCAGCUGCAACAGCUGCAGCAGCUGCAACAGCUCCAGCAGCUCCAGCAGCUCCAGCAGGCCCAGCAUGCCCGGCCCCACAUGCACAGGCAGGCAAACAUGGGCACACCGCCCUCUCGGCCUCAGAGUGCACAGACGUUAGUGGACAGCAAUGCAGUUCCUCCUGGGCAAAAGACAGACAGACCAGUCUCCUCUGAGGGGCGUCUCCUGCAGUCGAACAUUAGCCACUCAUCCAUCCCCACAGACAUGGGUCUGCGGGGUAGCCAAUCCGGGUUGAAUAUGCACGUGGAUGUGCCCCCUGGGGAGGGGCUGGAGGAGCCCACACGGGGACCGCGGUCCACCACUGCCCACUAAAUAAAGAUAUAAAGUUUUUAAAAGGGA